AAAGUGAUUAUGCUGCUCUAUAAACUUUGCUUUGAAUCUAUGGACAUGUGUUUCUGGUUUCUGGUUUGACAUUUUGCAAUAACCACAAAUUUGAGGAUUCAAAAUACCAGUCAUCGUUCUUCAAUAGUGUAAUAAUUGCUUCAAACUUUUAAAAACGUUAAUUUAACAGGUUAUAAGUUUGUAAAGAUAAAUAAUUGUUCGUAAAAAUGAGCUUCGCCCUUCCUUCUAUUAAACCAAAAUCUGACCUACCAAAAGAUGCUGGCAUACCAGAAGGACCUUAUGGGGUUCCUGAUGUAAUGACGUACGGCUUUACUUCAGUAAAAGCAAAUUUAGAGGCGUCACAUCCUCUAUAUGCAUCAGAAAAAAACUACAAAGCAAACCGUGACAACAUGAAUUUGGUAAUGCUUCGUAAUAUUCAAGGCUUACAUGCUCCUUUGAAAAUAAGUAUGGAACUAAAUGCUGCAAGAAAGAUUGGGCAUUUGCCAUUUUUACCUUCCUCCAAUGUAAUGCUUGAUUCACUAACAGGAAAAGAUCUAGAAAUAGGAGCUGAAGACAUUUUUGGAAUCCCAGAGUUUUGGGAAGUUCAAGGACAACCCCAUGCUGUUUGUGAAAAAGCUUUAGGUUUAUUAUAAUUGAUAUCUUUCAUUUAAAAUGUAACUUUGCUUUUUAUACAUAAUAAUUAAAUAUACUGUCUUACUGAA